AUGGCGGUAACCCCACCCAUUAUGACAGUAACCCCACCCACAAUGGCAACCCCACCCACUAUGACAGUAACCCCUCCCACUAUGGCGGUAACCCCAUUCACUAUGAUAGCCCAACUCAUAAUGGUAACCCCACCACUAUAUGGUAACCCCACCCACUAUGACAGUAAACCCAUCCACUAUGACGGUAACCCCAACCACUAUGACGGUAACCCCAUCCACUAUGACGGUAACCCCAACCACUAUGCCGGUAACCCCAUCCACUAUGAUGGUAACCCCACCCACUAUGGCGGUAACCCCACCCACUGUGACAGUAACUCCUCCCAUUAUGGCAGUAAUCCCAUCCACUAUGAUGGUAACCCCAUCAAUUAUGACAGUUACCCUAUCCACUAUGGCGGUAACCCCACCCACUAUGGCAGUAACCCCAUCUAUGGCGGUAACCCCACCCACUAUGGCGGUAACCCAACCACUAUGGCGGUAACCCCACCCACUAUGGUGGUAACCCCACCCACUAUGACGGUAACCCCAUCCAUUAUGACAGUAACCCAACCCACUAUGGCAGAAACCCCACCCACUAUGACAGUAACCAGACGCACUAUGGCAGUAACCCCAUCACUAUAUGGUAACCCAACUACUAUGGUAACCCCACCAACUUUUGCUACCCAGUGA